UUGGGUCCAAUAGUCCAUCACAUUGGGGGUUAGGGGAUGACUCGUGGGAGAAAAGAAAAUUGAACGAGUGUUAGGGCUUGCUGGCUUUCGAUUUCGUCUGUGUCUCCGCCCUCGGCGCUCUUCUAUUCGUGACUCACCAUUCCGGCACCGCCACCGUGCUCCGUCGUGCCACGCCACGCUUACCGCCACCGCGCAUUGCCACGAGGUGAAAUCUUUGUUUUCUGAGUUGAGGAAGAUCAACCAAAGAAACAGAAGCAAAAAUGAAGAUGGUGACUGCUUUCAACGGCAACAUGAAGAAAGCUGCUGCUGGACUUAGACGCAUUAAUCUUGAAGGCCUCCGAUGGAGGGUUUUUGAUGCAAAGAGCCAGGUCCUUGGGAGGUUAGCGUCUCAAAUAUCUACUGUGAUUCAAGGAAAGGAUAAGCCAACUUACGCACCUAAUCGUGAUGAUGGAGAUAUGUGCAUUGUUCUUAAUGCAAAGGAUAUUUGUGUGACUGGGAGAAAACUUACAGACAAGGUUUACUACUGGCAUACAGGGUAUAUUGGCCACCUCAAGGAAAGGACUCUAAAGGAUCAAAUGGUCAAAGACCCUACUGAAGUCAUUCGCAAAGCUGUUCUGCGUAUGCUGCCUAGAAACAAAUUACGUGAUGACAGAGAUCGAAAAUUAAGGAUCUUUCCUGGCAGUGAGCACCCUUUUGGUGAUCGGCCACUUGAACCUUAUGUGAUGCCUCCUAGAAGUGUCCGGGAAAUGAGGCCACGAGCUAGGCGCGCCAUGAUUCGAGCACAGAAGAAGGCUGAGCAGCAACAACAGAAGGCUGACAUGAAGAACGGCAAAAAUGGAAAGGUACAGGAAGAAAGUGCAUGAAGACAUAAUUUUGUUCAGAGAAGAUGGCACUGACCAUUGGUUAUCAUUGAAAUGGAAAGCCAUCUGUGUUUUUGUUAGCAAAUCCUGCAAUGCCAUAUUGAGCUGUGUUUGAAAGUUCUUUAUUUUACAAGUCUUUCAGUAAGAGCAUAGCUCAAGAGCAUGACUUAUUCAGAUUAUAGCCAUUUCUUGCAUCCUUUUCAGUGAGAGUUCUUUUAAGUUCAAUUUCAGAAGUUUAGACUAACUGACAGACUACCAUUUUGGUAAUUUAUUUCAA